AUGGGAUCAUUUAUUGAGAAUAUUCAACCACCUCCAACAUUAUCAACUACAACAACAACUACAACAACAACAACAACUAUAUCAAGUAAUAGUAUUAAUAAAAUAGUAGAACAACAUAUGAAAGAAGAAACUCAACAAGAAGAAGAGACAAUAUUGUACCAAAAACAAAUUAUAGAAUUUAUAGAAAGAGAAAGAGACUAUAGAUUACAACAAGUUUGGGAAAAGUAUGAUUAUGAUGACUGUGAUGCAGUGUCCAUCCAUCGCAUGUUUUUCGGUUGUAUCCUAGUCUCUACUAAAUUCUAUGAUGAUUAUUUCUAUCCCGUUCAUAUUUAUUCAAGAGUUGGAGGAAUAACACCUCAAGAUACAAAUACGAUGGAACGUAGAAUAUUGGAGGAUUUGGAAUUUAAUAUAUUGGUUUCGACGGCUGAAUUUGACAGAUAUAUGUGGUCUCUUGACGGACGGGGAUUGAUAGAGUCGGAGAUUGCCAAUCAAAAGGCUGAUCCAGAGUCGGAUGAAGAGGGGGAGGAGGGAGAGGCAUGCCUCGUAGUAGAGACUGAACAAGAAGAGAUGGAACGACGAGAACAACAAAAACUAGCCAAACAAAUGAUGGAAGAACAAAAGAUUAUCAAACAUCAACAACAACAGGUACUCAUCAUGCAACAACAACAACAACAUCAAGAAACCCAACAGCAACUUUGGAAGCAUACUGCCAACCACAACCACAAUGAUGGAGGUCAUGAAGUACCGUCAUCAUCAUCAUCUGAUAUAUUAAUUGGUCGAUUUAGAACCAACAAGAAACGAAACAGCUAUCAUCACUCACCAUCACGUCGGCCAACUUCAUUGACCACUCUUCCAUUGGAUCAACACCAAUACAUCAUUCAACAACAACAACAACAUUAUCUACAACCACACCAAUCAUUUAAACUAAGAGAGAAAACUAGAUCAGCGUCCAUGUCGUCACGUCAAAGUGUGAUUGUUGGAGUACCAUCACUUGGUGGUGGAUCGGCUGACUCUUCUCCAUUUCAAGGUGCAGUCAACAAUAAUUCAUCCAACACAACAACAACAACAACAACACCAGAUGAUAUAUUAUUCCGAAACAUGUUUCCACAACAACUAAUCGUUAUCGAAGUAGUUCCUAUUCCAAGAUUAAAUUGA